UGCACGCUCUCAUGUUGGCCAGUUCACUUCCAGACAAGCGUACUGAUAACACAGGCUCGCUUUUGCGUCAAAGCCAAGUGAGAGGAGACACAAGGAAGGCCAGGUUCCUCAUUCAGGUGUGGAAUCUGAAGUUCUGACGGAGGAUCUGCAGACGAUCUCCGGCGAGCACCACGAGCUCAAGCGUGGAAACGAGCAGGUCGCCCGCUCUCGCCCAAGAUGACUUCUACGAUGCCGUGUCAGAAUCUGAGCUGAGCGGCCAGCGACUCCUGCGAAGAGGACGAGGGGAAAAACGCCCCCCUUCUCAGCGGCGGCCGCCGCCAUCCCAGCGCGCUCGCCACCGUAAUGUCAGGGGAGGGUAACCAUGGCAACCGGAACAAUGACGCCAAGCAGCAGAGCUGACUCUUCAAAACCGCUGUUCCAUAGAACAUCUCUGCCGGCUCCGAUGUUCUCCCGAAACGAUGUCAGCAUCUGGAGCAUCUUGAAGAAAUGCAUCGGCAUGGAGCUGUCCAAGAUCGCCAUGCCGGUAAACCUGAACGAGCCUCUGAGCUUCCUCCAGCGGCUCAGUGAAUAUAUGGAGCACACCUACCUCAUCCGCCGGGCCAACGCCGCCGACGACUCUGUCGAACGGAUGAAGUGUGUGGCAGCGUUUGCGGUGUCAGCCGUGGCGUCGCAGUGGGAGAGGACCGGCAAGCCCUUCAACCCGCUUCUGGGCGAGACCUACGAGCUCAUCAGAGAUGAUUUGGGCUUCAGGUGGCUUUCCGAGCAGGUGAGCCAUCACCCUCCUGUCAGUGCCUUUCACGCCGAGGGCCUGGAGGAGGAUUUCGUCUUCCAUGGCUCCAUCUGCCCCAAAAUCAAGUUUUGGGGUAAAAGCAUAGAAGCGGAGCCCAAAGGAGUCAUCACACUGGAACUUCCCAAGUACAACGAAGCCUACACCUGGACCAACCCCACCUGCUGCGUCCACAACAUCAUCGUCGGUCAGCUCUGGAUCGAACAGUACGGCAGCGUGGAGGUCGUCAAUCACAAGACCGGUGAGCGCUGCAGCAUGACCUUCAGACCUUGUGGCCUCUUUGCGAAAGAGCUCCACAAAGUAGAAGGAUACAUUCUGGAUAAAAGCAAGAGGAAGCUCUGUGCCAUCUAUGGCAAAUGGACCGAGUGCUUAUACACGGUGGAGCCCGCGACCUUCGACGCCCACAAAAAAUGCGACAAAAAGAGUUCGGAAGAGAAAAAGGGCUGCAAAAGGAGCAGCGUAGACGAAGAGCCCGAGGAGAUGCCGCCGCCGCCUGACGCCGAGACGGUGCAGGUGAUCCCGGGAAGCGAGCUCAUCUGGAAGAUAACGCCUCGUCCCGACAACUCAGCCAAGUUUUACGCCUUCUCCACGUUCGCCAUGCAGCUGAACGAGCUGGACAAGAGGAUGGAGGGACUUCUGCCAAACACAGACAGUCGUCUUCGACCUGACAUCCGUGCCAUGGAGAACGGAGAUAUUGACGUAGCAAGUGGGGAGAAGAAGCGACUGGAGGAAAAACAGCGAACAGCCCGGAAGAAUCGUGGCAAGUCGACAGACGCCUGGAAAAACAGGUGGUUUCAGCAGGGAGCCAAUCCACACAGCAAAGCUCAAGACUGGCUGUGCAUGAAAGGUUACUGGGACAGGAAGUACACGCAGUUGCCCGACAUCUACUAGCACCAGCAACCGCAACGUUUCCUUUCCUCAAAACUUUCAACACUAAGUUAAUGGAUUCAUAACUGCCAGCACGUUAGGACCAGUGUGAACAAUAGAGCACAAAGUUAAAAUGCAUUUUGACGUCAUUCAAGAGACUUAUUAUUCACUCCCUGUGUGAUUUGAUCCUCAGUUUUAUUUUGUGUAGAUUUUUGCACUUUUUUUUUUUUUCUCAAAUAGUGUUAACGCUUUGCUUGUCAUAGUGAACAUUUGUACAUGUCAGGAACAUGUAUAGAGUAGGAGCAUUGCAUUGAUUUGUUUUUGUACAUCAGCACAAUAAGCUGCUCUCUGACUGUGAAAAGUCACGUCUGAUGACGUACGCGUACGAUAAGUGCAUGUGAAUCACGGUAACUAUGCAAGCACUUCCACAAGCCUCAUCAGGUGAGUAGCUGCUCUUUAACAAUCUUUCCUAUUGUUCAAUAAAAGUUCAAUUACAACGGAAA